CCCCAGCCUGCCGGCGAGCCAGCCAGCCUGCCUGCCCUCCAUCCUCCUUGUCCGUCUGUACCCUUCCCAUCUCCACCUUCCCCCCCCCCACCCCACUUGACCUUUUCCGGGACAAGUUAUAGACUCGCCGUCUCCUUGUCAACUCUCUCCAUCACACACAAAAGUAUACACUGUAAAAAUGGCCAGCGUCGUCGGCAUUGAUAUCGGCAACCUUUCUUCCAAGAUUGGUGUUGCCCGCCACCGUGGUAUCGACAUCAUCACCAACGAGGUGUCGAACCGUGCUACCCCCUCCCUCGUCUCGUUCACCCCCCGCCAGCGUCUCAUCGGUGAGGCUGCCAAGACGGCCGAGACCUCCAACUUCAAGAACACUGUCGGCUCGCUCAAGCGUUUGAUCGGUCGCUCGGUCAACGACCCCGAGAUCGCCGAGUACGAGAAGAAGUUCAUCAACGCCGAGCUCGUCGACGUCAACGGCCAGGUUGGCGCCUCGGUCAACUACCUUGGCGAGAAGACUGCCUUCUCGUACACCCAGCUCACCGCCGCCUACCUUGCCAAGCUCCGCGACACUGCCGCCGCCGAGCUCAAGCAGAACGUCUCGGACGUUGUCAUCGCUGUCCCCGGCUGGUACACUGAUGCCCAGCGCCGUGCUCUCCUUGACGCCUCCACCAUUGCCGGCCUCAACCCCCUCCGCCUGAUCAACGACACCACCGCUGUCGCCCUCGGCUACGGUAUCACCAAGGCCGACCUCCCCGAGGACCCCGAGAAUGCCCGCAACGUCGUCUUCGUCGAUGUCGGCCACUCCAACUACUCGGUCGCUGUUGUCGCCUUCUCCAAGGGCCAGCUUACCGUCAAGUCGACUGCCUACGACCGCAACUUCGGUGGCCGUGACUUUGACUACGCCCUUGUCAAGCACUUUGCCAAGGAGUUCGACGCCAAGUACAAGAUUGACGUCCUCUCGUCGCCCAAGGCCAUCUUCCGUCUUACCACCGCCGCUGAGCGCCUCAAGAAGGUCCUCUCGGCCAACUCGGAGGGCCCCAUCAACGUCGAGUCGAUCAUGAACGACGUCGACGCCUCGGGAUCGCUCAAGCGUGAGCAGUUCGAGGAGCUGAUCGGCGGUCUCCUCAACCGCUUCAACAAGCCCCUCGAGGAGGCCCUCAAGGCCUCGGGCCUCACCGUUGACCAGAUCGACUCGAUCGAGCUUGUCGGUGGUUCCACCCGUAUCCCUGCCAUCAAGGAGCGCAUCCAGGCCUUCUUCGGCGGCAAGCAGCUCUCCUUCACCCUCAACCAGGACGAGGCCAUCGCCCGCGGUGCCACCUUUGCCUGCGCCUCGCUCUCGCCCGUCUUCCGCGUCCGCGAGUUCGCCGUUCACGACAUCACCCCCUACUCGAUCCAGGUCGCAUGGGAGAAGGAGGCCGGCAACCCCGACGAGGACACUGAGCUCGUCGUCUUCCCCCACGGCAACGCCAUCCCCUCCACCAAGAUCCUCACCUUCUACCGUCAGGGUCCCUUCGCCAUUGACGCGUCGUACGCUCCCAACCAGGCCAACCUCCCCGCCGGCACCAACCCCGCGAUCGGCAAAUACACCAUCAAGGGCGUCGAGAAGACUGCCUCGGGUGACCUCGCCUGCGUCAAGGUCAAGACCCGUCUCAACCUCCACGGUAUCCUCAACUUCGAGGGUGCCUACGCCGUUGAGGAGGUCGAGAAGGAGGAGACUGUUGUGACUGGUGAGGGCGAGGACAAGACGGAGGAGAAGAAGAUCGUCAAGAAGAUCCAGCGCAAGGGCGACUACCAGACCUUUGCCCAGUACAACACCGUCUCGGAGCAGCUCGUCAACGACUGGACCGAGAAGGAGGGCAAGAUGCACGCCGAGGACAAGCUCGUCAUGGAGACCGAGGAGCGCAAGAACGCCCUCGAGGAGUACGUCUACGACACCCGUGGCAAGCUCGACGACCGCUACAAGCUCUACGCCCAGGCUUCCGAGAAGGAGGAGCUCCUCAAGGGUCUCUCCGAGGCCGAGGACUGGCUCUACACCGAGGAGGGCGAGGACGCCACCAAGUCGGCCUACGUCACGCGUCUUGACGCCCUCAAGAAGAUUGGAGACCCCAUUGCCCUCCGCUACCGCGAGAACGAGGACCGCCCCCGUGCUGCUGCCGCCCUCCGUGAGACCUGCAACGAGUUCCUCUCGCAGGCCCAGAACGGCGAGGAGAAGUACGCCCACAUUGAGGACGCCGACAAGGAGAAGGUGAUCGAGAAGGCUGCCAACACCCUCAGCUGGCUCGAGAACCAGCUUGUCCGCCAGUCGGAGAAGCCCAAGAACGUCAACCCUGUUGUCACCUCGGAGGAGAUCAACAAGCGCAAGGACGACGUUAGCUACACCUGCGCUGCCAUCAUGAACAAGCCCAAGCCUAGGGUUAAGACCGAGUCUGGCACCCAGACCCCCAACGAGGGUGCCAAGGACGAGAAGAUGGACACGGAUGACAAGGCCCCUGCCGAGGACAUGGACAUUGACUAGAUGUAGAGUCAAUGUCUGUGUCGGGGGCCCGUGUGAGUAGUAGGAGAUAUUAGUGUAUACGGUGAAUAGAUGCAGUUAUCAUUGUCUGCUAG